CGCAGGGCAGAGCCCCGGGGCAGCGCCCGAUGGGCGGCCGGGCGAGCCUGGCGAGCCGCGGGAGGGAGCCGCGGGCCCAGCCUCGACGUCGCUCGGCGCAAGAAGAGGCCGAGACGAUGAAUCAGCCUCAAGAAUCAGCUUCAAGGUCUCACACCUUCAAAAACAAGUCUUUUAAGAAAUCCAAAAUUUGUGGAAUCUGCAAACAAGUAAUUGAUAGCCAAGGCGUUUCCUGCAGAGUUUGCAAGUAUGCCUGCCACAGGAAAUGUGAAGAAAAGGUGGUGACACCCUGCUUUUUUCCAAGCAACCAUGAACUGGCUAAUAACUCUGAGGCUGUUAAAAAUCAUGUAACGAGAUCUAAUUCCAGCAGUGCUUCGAAGAACUCCUCUUCCAGUUGUGACAAAGGAUCACGAAGCACUGACUUUGAUCACAUUAUGGAGGAAGGCUAUGAACUUGACCUCACCUACAUCACAGAGCGGAUCAUCGCUGUGUCCUUCCCUGCCAGCUGUUCUGAGGAAACUUACCUCCACAAUCUACAAGAUGUAACCCGGAUGCUCAAAUCCAAGCAUGGGGACAACUACUUGGUGUUAAACCUCUCUGAAAAGAGAUAUGACCUUGCCAAGCUUAACCCAAAGAUAAUGGAUGUGGGGUGGCCUGAUCUCCAUGCUCCUCCUCUUGAUAAAGUGUGCACCAUCUGCAAGGCAAUGGAGUCAUGGCUGAACAAUGAUCCUCAACACGUGGUGGUCAUCCAUUGCAGAGGAGGAAAAGGAAGGAUAGGCGUAGUCAUAUCAUCAUAUAUGCACUUCACCACUGUUUCUGCAAGCGCUGAUCAGGCUCUGGACAGAUUUGCUAUGAAGAAAUUCUUUGAUGAUAAAGUUUCAGCUUUAAUGCAGCCAUCCCAAAGAAGAUACGUGCAUUUCUUAAGUGGCCUUCUCUCUGGAUCUGUGAAAAUGAAUGCAGCUCCUCUUUUCCUGCACUAUGUUAUCCUUCACGGCAUCCCAAGCUUCGAUGCUGGGGGAGCUUGUCGGCCUUUUCUGAAGUUAUACCAGGCUAUGCAACCAGUUUAUACAUCUGGCAUAUAUAGCGUAGGGCCAGAAAAUCAAAGCCGAAUCUGCAUUGCUGUAGACCCUGCCCAGCUGUUGAAGGGAGAUAUUAUGCUGAAGUGUUACCACAAAAAGUACCGGUCGGCGACUCGCGAUGUGAUUUUCCGCCUUCAGUUUCACACCGGAGCCAUUCACGGGCAGCGCCUGGUGUUUGGCAAAGAGGACCUGGACAAUGCCAGCAAAGAUGACCGUUUCCCUGAUUAUGGCAAAGUGGAAUUGGUCUUUUCAGGAACUCCGGAGAAAAUUCCAGGAUGUGAGCACUUCCAGAACGACCAUGGAGUGAUAGUUGAUUACAAUACCUCAGACCCGCUCAUACGCUGGGACUCCUACGAAAACAUGAGCCCUGAUGGGGACGUGCUACACACCCAGGGUCCCAUUGAUGGCAGCCUCUAUGCCAAAGUGAGAAAGAAGAGCUCUUCAGACAGCAGCAUCCCUGGUGUUGCUCAGGGUGUUUCUGUGACUGGCAGCCCUGAUCACAGCGAUCAUACCUUGUCUGUCAGCAGUGAUUCAGGACACUCGACAGCUUCCAUCAGGACAGACAAGACUGAGGAGCACCUCGUGCCGGGAGCCAAACGGGGUCUGAGCCCGCAAGAGAAGGCAGAACUGGAUCAGCUACUUAGUGGCUUUGGUCUGGAGGAUCCUGUCAACACCAACAAGGAUAUGACCGAUGCUCGAAGCAAGUACAGUGGGACUCGCCACAUAGUGCCAGCUCAAGUUCACGUGAACGGAGACACCAAACUGAAGGACAGGGAGACUGAUAUUCUGGAUGAUGAAAUGCCUAAUCAUGACCUUCACAGCGUGGACAGCAUCGGGACUUUGUCUUCCUCAGAAGGGCAGCACUCUGCCCACCUAGGGAAUUUUAGUUGCCACAAAAGCAGUCAGAACUCGCUUCUUUCAGAUGGCUUUGGAAGUAACACUGGGGAAGAGCAUCACAAUGCUUUUGCCCCAGACUUGGGAAUUAGUGUGGACCCCCUCUAUGAGAGACCAUUUGGAAGCACUGAGCCAAAGUCAACUCAGCAGUUGCAGCGGAAUCCUUCUGUGUCACCCCAGCCUCAAGCCUAUGGCCCCAGUAACUACUCUACUCAGACUUGGGUACGGCAGCAGCAGAUGGUCACUGCUCACCAAUACAGUUUUUCCCCAGAGAAUGAAAUCAGGGUUGGCAUUCAUAACGCCGUGGAGAACUCAGGCAGUGUCCUGAGCCAGUCCCGAGUCCCAGACACCCCAACACGUGGCUCCAGCAGCAGAAAUGCUGUGCAGAGGGGACUAGGAAGCGUGCCAGGUGCUACUGAAGCUGCAGAACAGGCCACUGCUGAGAGUUUUAAGUCAAGGCCAGUGCCUCAGAGUGACACAGAUGGCCUGGAUCUAGGAGAGAACACAGAGGACUUGCCAGCUUCUCCAACGCUGGAUAUUGAUCAGUCCAUUGAGCAACUGAACAGGCUGAUCUUGGAGUUAGAUCCUACAUUUGAACCUACACCAACCUGCAUCAACACUGUCACCAGGGACAGAAAUAAAGUAAACGGCUUCAGCAACCUUGAUGUAAACAUGGAAGGGCUCGGCAGGAGUCCUGGCGUCCAUGACAAACUGGAGGUGAUGAACAGGAAUCCCUCCCAGCAUGCAACAGGUGUGCAAGAUGACAGUGCAACCAGGGGAAGGAUGAGGAAGUUAAGUGUUGGGCAGUAUGACAAUGAUGUCCCUGGGCAGCCAUCAUACAGCAGGUGUGGAUGGAUGAAGUCUCCUGCUACCAACCAGGCUGUCAGUCCAGGAUCACCCAUCCCUGGUGGGGAGGCCAAGGAGAUACCUGUUGCAUGUUACCAAGAUGAAAUAGAUGGGAGAAUCUUCUCCCCAACAAAAAAUGGAAAUGAAGCUAUCCCAUCCACACCAGCUUUUCCCCUGUCCACAGAGACGUCAUAUGUAAAAACACCUCCAUUAUACCAUCAGCGGAUUCCCUCCAGCCAAAAAGUCAGCAGCCCAUCAGAGCUCUACAGAACCAGUCCUGAGUCUCGGAGUUACUCGGAGGCCAUCAGCCACGUGCUGGCGAUGUCUGACGGCGGGGUGCAUGCGGCCCCUGCUCUGCUGAGGGCCACUGACCCCUCCUUUCAGCGCUGUGUAGCAGCUUCCUGUACCAGCCCCAUCCCUGGGGAAGAAAGCUCCUCUGCACCAGAACGUCCUUGGCUGGAGAGCAGCCCUAAGGCAUCCCCGUCUCUGCAGCACCCGAUGGGGAACAGCAGGCCACCGGCAGGUUACCUCGUGCCCUCCGAGUUCCCAAACGCUGUGCAAGACGUCUCGCUCUUGUCUCAUUUACAAACUCCAGGACUGCAAGUCGUCACCCUGAGCAGCCUGGAGAGUUCACCAGCAGAGCCACAGCAGGAUGGUGCUGUCAGCAGCAGUGCCCGGGCCUACCUGAGCUACAGCGGGGGCACAAGGGGCAGCGGCUCCCCCCGAGAGCAACGACAGGCCUCCUUCGUGGCCAGUACCGGCAUCUCUCCUAAACACAUGAGCUCACCAGUGGCAAGUACUGAGGACAAUGGCUUUCUGACACAAAACUUUCUUACAGCGGCUUCUGGACACAAUAGUCAGCAUACUGCAGUUCAGCAGCACCAUGGAGGAACCCUGCACACUCAGCCGCCUCUUCCCGAGAAGAAGAGGUCCUCUGAGGGAGAGCGCUCCUUUGCUUCCGUGUCACCUUCCUCCAGUGGCUUCUCCAGCCCCCACAGUGGAAGCACAAUCAGCAUCCCCUUCCCAAACGUCCUCCCUGAUUUCUCAAAAAUGUUAGGCACUUCCCCAGUGCCAGAAAACACAUCUGAUAAACAUGUGACUGUAAAAUUUGUCCAGGACACAUCCAAGUUCUGGUAUAAGCCAGAUAUUUCAAGAGAACAAGCCAUUGCUGUUCUCAAGGACAAGGAGCCUGGGUCAUUCAUUGUUCGAGACAGCCAUUCUUUCCGGGGAGCCUAUGGGCUAGCAAUGAAAGUGGCCACACCACCUCCUUCUGUUCUACAGUUAAGCAAGAAAGUUGGAGAUCUGUCAAAUGAACUCGUAAGGCAUUUUCUGAUUGAAUGCACUCAGAAGGGGGUGCGCUUGAAAGGAUGCCCAAACGAGCCGUAUUUUGGGAGUUUGACAGCUCUGGUGUAUCAGCAUUCCAUCACUCCACUGGCAUUGCCCUGCAAGCUCCUCAUCCCAGACAGAGGCUGGGAGAAGCUGAAGCUUAGACUGGACUGAAGAAUGGUUAAAGUGAGCAAUUAAAUUUAGAAUGCUGUGUAGAACUGAACAAAGCAGUUCUUCAGCAGUGACAUUGCUUUCAUUACCGAUGAACCUCGGGAAGGUAUUUUCAGCUCACUGGUUGCACAGGUUCAUGAGCUAUGAUGUCUGCAAAAGGCAACUAAGGAGAGUGUUCAGUAGGGUUAAAUUCUCCACAAGACCACUGGGAAAUGUUUACUGUCUUAUCAAUCUGAAAUAAAAGUAAUUGAAACUAUUGGACUGUGCUUCACUUGAUGCUGCACAUUGUCAGGAAGUGUCUGGGGUCUCUGCCGUUGGAUGCUGUUUGACAGGUUCUCAGGCAUACUGCAGUCCCUGUUCUGGAAAGCUGAAUUAUCUUGCCAUGAGCUUAUUGACGUGCCAGAACCACUCUGAUGAGAUUCCCUCCAAGUGAUAUGAUGCUAUGCCCUACACCAUCUGUCACUCUGUGACAGAGGUAUUUGCAGCAGCUGUUUAGAGACAUGCUGUGCUUCUCAUCUGCUUUGUGUACAGCUCACUGAGAGACAGCUAGUGAAACAGCCUUGCUGGAGAAGUGUGGUGGUGUUCUAUCCUUCUCGUAUUGGAUGUGGUGCUCUGAGUACCACUUUGUGAUCUGAAUGUUGUCCUCAGGAGAAAUGCCACUGUGUUACUGCCUUGCACAGGGGGCUAUCCACACUCUCCCAUGGCCCUGCUUUUCAGGCUGCCAGGAGUUCUCCCCAUCUGUCCAACCAAUUAUUCCCAUUAGAGAAGGGGAAUACAUCAUUACUCCCAAAUAAUGAAUUAUAGGACAAGAGGAAACAGCCUCAAGUAGCCCCAGGGGAGGUUUAGAUUGGAGCUGAGGCAGAACUUUUUCCCUGAGAGGGUUGUCAGUCCCUGUGCCAGGCUGCCCAGGGAGAUGGGGGGGAUCCCAAAGCCAUGGAGCUGAGGUGCUGAGGGCUAUGGGUUAGUGGUGGGCUUGGCAGGAUGAGGACUCCAGCAGCUUCAAGGGCUUUUCCAACUGAAAUGGUUCUGUAAUGCUAUGGGUUGGCACUCUCUUUUAUGUUUAUCCUGCUACUGGAGCCACCAGCAAAAGUGGUGUGGGCAGCAUGCCUUUACAAGAAUGCUGCCUUACUGUCCUCACCCAGAGGGCACUUCUGAAGGGGGCAGCUGCCAAGCUGAGCAGAUCUGGAGAGCGAGCAUUGCUCCUGGCUCAUGCAGGAAUCUGCUUUGACUUCAGAAUUUGAAGUACCACUCCAGUGCUGUAAUCAAGCAGGAAUGUGUGGCUGAGGGGAUGGCAAGCCUCUGUGAGGCUGUGCCAGCAUUGAGCACGUGUUGGCCUUUCUGACUGCCAGUGCUGGUGAUGUUUCUUGUGGCUGACAGACAGGUGAAAAAAACAAGGAGAAGGGAUUUUUGUAGAACUUCCCCUCGUGAAAACCCAGCAUGUGUUGUCUUUUGAGAAGUGUUGGUUUGUCCUUGCUCAGGCAAUGUAUUUCAAAGAAAAAGAACAAUUCUUACUUCAGCUGAGGCAGUCGGGUAACUCUUUACAGAGGCUUCAUGUCAUGGAUCAUUUGGGGCACAUUUGCUUCUUCCCUAUUUCAUUGUUGUUAUUUUUGUUUUUAAAGAAGGGUUUGGAACUUGAAUAGAGGAGUUAACUAGGAGAGAUUGUCUGAGGCUUUCCUGCCUUGAUAAAUCAUUUCCUGCUGUUUUGUUUUCGCUGCUUUUCCGAGGUCCCUCUCCAGUCAUAGGGAUGCUCACAUUGUGCGAUUCAGCACUGAAGCAUUGACCCAAAACAUGGAGAUUGUUUAUUUUACAAUUACCCUGAGCUUGUGUGAGCACACCUGCAGUUUAGUCAGAGCAGAUGCACUUUUUCCCUGCCCUGCUUGACCCCCCUUGCUCUCACUCCACAAGCGAAAUGUAAAGGUGUGUUUUCCUGGAGUUAUCUUUUUUUGUAGCUGUCUGAAAAACCUGAUGAGCAUUAUCUAAACAUAGAAGCUGACCAGAAGUCAUUAGCUUCCUAGAAAGUGACAAUUGGAGCACUAGAAACUAUGCAGAAAAGUGGCUUUCCCUAGAGCAGAUGUGGCUUUAUUAACCUUCCUGCUCAGUGGCAAGGUUUUGUACCCCAGGUAAAUCCCAGUUCUUCACACCUUUUUCCACUAAUACAAUGAAGGGACUAAGCUUUCUGAGCAGAGCACAUUCCCAGUGUAAAAGCAGCAUUUCAUAUUAAAAUACUACAUGGACUGGCAGUGCUACAGAAGGAAAGGAAUCUGCUGUAUUUGGUGACUGCUUUUGAACUGUCACAUUGAGGGCAAUCCAGACAAAACCUUGAUUCUUUCACUUGGGAACAAAAGCUGAACAGAGUCUGUGGACACCAGUGCAAUGUGUGACAGAAGAGGAAGGGAAACCGUUCACCAGGGUCUCAGAAAGGGUGAGGAGUGUGACUGUGAAACAGGACAGGCUUCCUGUGGUGGGGAAGGCUUUAGAUCUGUACCAAACACAUACAGUAACAAUGUGAGGAGAGUUUAUGGUUUGGAGUGUUUACAGUUUUGGAUGGACAUGAAAGCAAGCUGUUCAGCAGCAAAGGCCUCGUUGAACUUGCCAUUCAGCAUCUUAAAUCCCUCUUUGCAUGAACUGUGUAGUAAUUGAUUCAAAGAAACGUUAUUGAAACUGUCACACUCAAGUGCAAAUAGGUUUGUGAAGUUUCCCAUUUAGAAAGUAAAUCGAAUCUCUGGUUCCCCUGUUUCACUGGUAGACCUGGAAGUUACUGGGGUGAUCAUCAUGCUGGAGUGAAACUUACACUUACGCAGUAUUUAACUGUAUGAUGAUGUGGUUGCUUUGGAAGUGCCAGAGUCUAGCUGUGUAUUUUAUGUAGAUAGUCACAAAAGAAAUUUAGCCAGAUUACAGAAGAGCCAUACGAAAAGAGGAGACGGUAAAUCAAAUCUUUGUUUUCAUAGCAAGACUGGCAAACCAAGCUAAACUGCUAACCAAAUGACAUACUAGCAUGGUGAUCUACAUGAGUCAGAGUUGUAAAUACUGACCUGGGUACCUACACAAAUGUUUUCACCAAAACACAAAGUGUGUUGGUGCCAGUAUUUAGCUACAGAUGCGUUCAGUCCUUCUUGCUUUUGUCGUGGAAUAAGACUGAGAGUACUCUGCACAUUUGAAAAUGUUCUUGACCUGCUUGUAAAUUUGACUUUAUGCCACAGUCCCAAAGUAUUUGAGCCUGUGAAUAAACCCAUUAAUGCUCUAUAGUAAUAAUACUGUAUAAUAGGAUAUGGCACUGUUACCAUGUAGUACUCUGAUGUAUUAUAUAUAACUGUAGUACCACAGAAUCCUAGAAUAGUAGGGAUUGGAAGGGACCUAUAAGAGAUCAUCUAGCUAUAUAGUUCUAUGUAAUGUUAGUACUUCUUUUCCUAGUGCUCACUGCAGAUUUGAUAUGAAACCAGGUGAAAUAAUUAACUGUUCAGUAGCCGUGGAAACCAGUGAGCUUCAAUUCUGUAGAGAUAUUUCAGAAGUUAUUAAUAUCUCUAGGAGGGGAAUGGGACUUUUAAAAGUAAGUUCAUGCUGAGGUAAAGAAUAGACCUAAAAGUAUGCAUCAGUACUUUUUAUCAAUGUGGAAAAGUUGUGUUCCAUUUGCCUUCAAAUUGCUAAACAUACAAAACACCGUGGAACUAUUGAGAAGUGAGCAACCCUCAAUUUCUUAUGGGGUAAAAAGAAGUCAAUGGUUACCUUUCAAUAUAGUUUAAGCACCAUUUGAAAAUGUGAAAUGCAUGGAAGUAUGCUGCAAAAAUGUGUAUUUUCUUAUUGGCUGCUGUAACUGAACCUAAAAGUAAAAUGACCUUGUUCUUUUUCCUCAGGAAAGCCUUUGCUGUAGUAGCACCUGUGAGUGGCCUUGCUCUGCUGCCCUCUUGUAUAUGUUUCAAUUUCAGGUUCUGUGGGUAAUACUUAAAUACAGUUACUGGUUUGAACGUAAGCAGAAGGCCUAUGACCACCAAAAUUACAGUCUUAUACUGUGAAACAGCAGUGGGACAAGGAGAGGCAUACGUAGAAGGUUUGGUACUUUGCUGGCAGUUGUCUCUGUUUGCUUUGCAAAGGUGGAAAACGUACAUUUUGGUUGGUUCUGUUCAGAAGAUGCCUGUUGGGUAACGACCUCUCAGAGUCUUUCCUCUCUUU